AUGGGUGUCCAAACGCCGCUUCGGUGGGCUGCCGAAAAUGGCCACGCCGACAUGGUUAAGCUGCUUUUCAAUAAAGGUGCCGACGUGGCGGUUGCGGACAAAAACGGAUGGACGCCGUUAAUUGCGGCUUCAAGCAAGGGAUAUGUCGAUGUGGUCCGAUUACUUUUCGCCACCAGCGGGGUGGAUAUCGAUUCGAAAGAUAACAAUGACCGGACGCCGCUGCGAUGGGCCACCGAGAAGGGGCAUGUGUCUGUCGUGCAGCAGCUGCUCGAAAAGGGUGCUGUAAUGUGCGCGCACCGGCAGACGCUCCAGGGGCACGACGAUUACGUCCACGGCGUCGCCUUCUCGCCGGACGGCAGGACGCUCGCGUCGGCAUCGCGAGAUAAAACGGUCCGGCUUUGGGACGCGGCCAGCGGUGCCUUCCGGCAGACGCUCCAGGGACACGACGAUGCCGUCCUCGCCGUCGCCUUUUCGCCGAACAGCAGGACGCUCGCGUCAGCAUCGCGAAACAAAACGGUCCGACUCUAG